AUGGCAACUCCAAUGUUCGUACGUUUAUCAAAUUUUCGCAAUUUAUUGAGAAUUAAUAAUAAUGUUCCGGUUAUUACAUCUAAUCCAAUUCAAUGCUUGAAAUCAAUUUAUCGUUUAUCCAGUACGCAAGAGCCUUCUUCUAUGACAAACGAAGUUGAAUUGACAAGUUUCUCUAAAAUCAUGCAAGGUUAUUUAAAACGUAUUAAAGCAAACGAGGAACUCAUGAAAGUAGAAAUAGAAGCAUAUGAAAAGGGUAAAAGACAUCUAGCAAAUAUGAUGGGUGAGGAUCCUGAAAAUUUUACCCAAAAUGAUAUCGAUAAAUCAAUAGAAUAUCUUUUUCCAUCUGGAUUAUACGAUUCUAAAGCACGUCCCAUGAUGAAACAUCCUAAGGAUAUAUUAUUAUUACAAAAGACAGGACAAUUUUUAUCAGAUGGAAAACCGUGUCAUUCCUUUUUUUAUACCUUAUAUCCGUCCUAUUAUGAAACACUUCACAAUUUAGAGGACUUGGAGGAUAAGUUAAUUAAAUCUACCGGAACGUUUCCUAAUGAAAAUAAAUUUGAUAUAUAUGGAUCAAUGUGGAAAUCAAAAGUACAAUUGGAAAAGUUAUUACAUGAGAGAUUGAUGGAUCAUCAUGUAUCAUAUAAUGAAGAUGGAAAACCAUAUGUUAAAGUAUUCCCUUGUCAAAGAAAAAGUUCAAUUGCUACAGUAAUAGUGUGGGGUAAAGGUACGGGGAAAAUAACAAUUAAUGGAAAGGACAUUUCUUACUUCCAAGACAUGCAAUCCCGGCAACAGCGCGAAGACGACGAUAAUACUACUGCUCAACUUUACUCUAUAGAACGUUAUAAAAUUAUAAAUGCCAAUUCAAAGUUUUCAAACCGAGACCGACCUUCGGAUUAUAUCGCUUAUGAAUCUAACUUUAAGAUCAAAAUAUUUGAUCGAAAUAGCUUAACGUACUAA